AUGACAAGCAGAGCUAAUUUAAAAAACUCUCGAAUGAAUUUUAAGUUUCAAAAUGAAUCUUAUCACGAUUAUAAAGGAACUAAGCCCAUCCGUGAGGCGUCGUCUAUUUUAGAAAUAUUGAGCUUGAUGAUAGUGCACAUUUGCAAGAAGCUGCUAUUUUAUGACACUAAUUUAAAAAUAGCUAUAUAUUUAGGUGCUCUUUUUUUAUUAUCGCUGAUAGCAGACGUAUUUACCUUUCCUAAAACUUAUUUCUCAAGAAGUGACAAUGUCUUCAACCAAUAUUUUGUGAAGAUUGGCUGGUUUUGGACAUUAUUUCUUACAGUGCCGUAUGUUUUAUUGACCUCCUUUACAAUUUGUUGCGGCAAUCGAAAACUUAUUAUCUCAGCUCAUCUGUCAAGAUUGGUUAUUGCUACAUUUUGUUGGUAUAUAUGGACAACGAUUUUUAAUAUUAUUGAAACCAAAUAUGGUCGUUGUAAUUCAAGAUCCUUUGACAAUAAAAUAUCAUGUUUAAAAAACGGUCAUUUCUGGAAUGGGUUUGAUAUAUCUGGACAUUGUUUUAUUCUCAUUUAUUCAAGUUUGGUAAUGAUAGAAGAAGCUCGGGCUAUAAAUGGAUGGGAAAAAAUUAAAGACUAUAUAAGAGAUGAAAACUAUACAAGAAGCCUUAAUGAUAAAUCAGUGAGCAUUAAUCCACUAAAAAAUAUCAAUGCAGAAGAGUUAACCAUCUUAAAAACAUCUUAUGAGAAUGUUACACCAUAUGUAAGAGUGUUGUUAAUUGCUAUAGCUGCCCUUCAACUGUUAUGGGAUGUUAUGCUAGUCUCUACAAUAUUAUACUAUCAUAUAAUGAUAGAAAAAUUUAUCAGUGGGGUUAUAGCUAUAUUGACAUGGUUUGUUACAUAUAGGGUAUGGUACACUAUGCCAAAUCUCUUACCGAACAUACCAGGGCAAGGCAUAUUUAAAUAUAACAAUGGAAAGCCAGCAACAGCAACCAAUAUUAAAAAAAAGCCUAAUUCUCCAAAUGGAAAACAUUUUAUGGGAAUGCCGAUUCAUACAACAGUUGACAAUGUGGAAGCUUCCACUGAAGAAGUUAGAUAA